GCGGCGCGGGGGCGGGUGCUGGGCCGCUGCUGAGAGUUCACUGCCGGGAAGGGCAGGGCAGGGCCGGCGCGCUGAGUGGUGGGCAGCCGGCAGGCUGUGCAGCCUCCUGGAGCUAGGAGAGCUGCUUGGGACCCAGUGUGGGGAGACGAGUUUUGGACCUGGGGGACCACAGACUCUGAACUUUACCUGCUGUGCCCCCUCCUUUUCUCAGUGCCCCGGAGCCCUGGGGGGAUCUUUGGGGAAUUGCUCUCACUACCCCAAUCCCCAUGGCCAAUUCCAUCCUGAGUCAGUAGCCCUGGAAUCCGAUUUUAUCCCACUGAGCUAGUUUCCCCGAGCUUUCUCGGCUUUCCAGGGCCCUCCCUUAGCCCUUCUCCAGCCUCUGGGACCCCUGCCCUGAGCCCCAGCCUGCCCCUCCCCCGGUUGGCCCUGCUGGCAGGUGGGCCCACACCACCAGUUCUCCCUCAGUGCGCCCUGCCCUCGAGGAGCCACACCUCACUGGAGACCAGGUGCCAACAAGCAGCAGGCUCCAUUUACGGGAGAUCCGGAGGGGUCAGGAAAGACGUCUGAGGAGAGAGGACUUUUGGGCAGGUCUUAAAAGACUGGGUAGGAUUCUGACAGGAGAGGAAGGUCAUUCCAAGCUGAAGGAAGUGUACGAACAAAAUUAGGAAAGUUUAGGAAAGUUUCAGCAAGAAUUCAGAGGUUGGGGGCAAGCUCAGAAAAGUGGCUUGUGUGGGUCAGGUGCCUGGUCUCUGUAUGUAACUUAGGACUUCGGGGAGGUGAUUGGUGGCUGGGUGAGGAAUUGAAAUGGGUGAGACUGAACGCAGAGGCCAGUAGGAGAAGCGAGUCCCAGAAGUCCGCGGAGAAUCUGAGGUCCUACAGGAGCAGUAGCCUCAUGCAGUACAAAGGCUGGCAAAGCAGGGGGUAGGACUGUUUCCACCAUGUGAAGGAGGGGAGAAGGGCUUCAAGACCGAGAGGCCAGGUUUCUCGUGGCUACAGGAUAGAAGUGCUGUGCUAAGUCUCCUGGGCUCUGACCUUCUUUUCUGCCAUGAGGUGGGGCCGCCAUUUGCCCAGAGCCUCUUGGGGCUCUGGUCUGGGCAGAUCACUCCAGACACCAGAGGAACAUGUCCCUUUCCCGAUGCACUGGAGUUGGCCCCUUAAAGGGGAGCCUCCCCUUGCACCCCAUAGGGCCUUUAUACGCCACUGUGGAAGCUCAGCCAGAAAUGGCCCCCCCUCAGGGAGGCAUGGACAGUUGUUCCGGAGCAUCUCUGCAGCUGAAGCUAUCCAGCGGCACCGCAGGAACCUGGCCGAGUGGUUCAGUCGGCUGCCCAGGGAGGAGCGCCAGUUCGGCCCAACCUUUGCACUAGACACGGUCCAUGUAGACCCUGUGAUCCGCGAGAGCACCCCUGAUGACCUGCUUCGCCCACCGGCAGAGCUGGCCCUGGAGCAUCAGCCACCCCUGGCCAGGCUCCCCUCACUGGCCCUGUCUCAGCUCUUUGACCCAGAUGCCUGUGGGCGCCGGGUGCAGACAGUGGUGCUGUAUGGGACCGUGGGCACAGGCAAGAGCACGUUGGUGCGCAAGAUGGUCCUGGACUGGUGUUACGGGAGGCUGCCAGCCUUCGAGCUGCUCAUCCCCUUCUCGUGCGAGGACCUGUCAUCCCUGGGCCCCACCCCGGCCUCCUUGUGCCAGCUAGUGGCCCAGCGCUACACACCCCUGAAGGAGAUUCUGCCUCUGAUGGCUGCUGCUGGUUCCCGUCUGCUCUUUGUGCUCCAUGGCUUGGAGCAGCUCAACCUUGACUUCCGGUUGGCUGGCACUGGGCUUUGCAGUGACCCUGAGGAGCCAGAGGCACCAGCUGCCAUCAUUGUCAACCUGCUGCGCAAAUACAUGCUGCCAGAGGCCAGCAUUCUGGUGACCACCCGGCCCUCUGCCAUUGGCCGCAUCCCCAGCAAGUAUGUGGGCCGCUAUGGUGAGAUCUGUGGCUUCUCUGAUACCAACCUGCAGAAGCUCUACUUCCAGCUCCGCCUCAACCAGCCAGACUGUGGGUACAGUGCUGGGGGUGCAGGUGUCUCAGCCACGCCAGCUCAACAUGACAACCUGGUAGAGAUGCUCUCCCGGAACCUGGAGGGGCACCACCAGAUCACUGCUGCCUGCUUCCUGCCGUCCUAUUGCUGGCUAGUCUGUGCCACCCUGCACUUCCUGCAUGCCCCCGUACCAGCUGGACAGACCCUCACGAGCAUCUAUACCAGCUUCCUGCGUUUAAACUUCAGUGGGGAGAUGCUGGACAGCACUGAUCCCUCCAAGCUGUCCCUGAUGGCCUACGCAGCCCGAACCAUGGGCAAGUUGGCCUACGAGGGGAUGUCUUCCCGCAAGAUCUACUUUUCUGAAGACGAUGUCCGUGGUUGCCUGGAAGCUGGCAUCAGGACAGAAGAGGAGUUUCAGUUGCUGCAUGUCUUCCGCCGGGAUGCCCUGAGGUUUUUCCUGGCUCCGUGUGUGGAGCCGGGGCACCCAGGCACCUUUGUGUUCACUGUGCCUGCGAUGCAGGAAUACCUGGCUGCACUCUACAUCGUGCUGGGUUUGCGUAAGACGACGCUGCAGCGUGUGGGCAAGGAAGUGUCUGAGUUAGUGGGCCGUGUUGGGGAGGACGUCAGCCUGGUCCUGGGCAUCGUGGCCAAGCUACUGCCCCUGCGGGCCCUGCCUCUGCUCUUCAACUUGCUCAAGGUGGUUCCAGGAGUGUUCGGGCGUGUGGUGGGCAAGAGCCGCGAGGCCGUGGCCCAGGCCAUGGUGCUGGAGAUGUUCCGAGAGGAGGACUACUACAACGACGACGUCCUGGACCAGAUGGGGGCCAGCAUCCUGGGAGUGGAGGGCCCCCGCCGCCACCCUGACGAGCCCCCCGACGAUGAGGUCUUUGAGCUUUUCCCCAUGUUCAUGGGGGGGCUUCUUGCCGCCCACAACCGCGCCGUGCUGGCUCAGCUCGGCUGCCCCAUCAAGAACCUGGAUGCCCUGGAGAAUGCCCAGGCAAUCAAGAAAAAGCUGGGCAAGCUGGGCCGGCAGGUGCUGCCCCCCUCAGAGCUCCUUGACCACCUCUUCUUCCACUAUGAGUUCCAGAAUCAGCGCUUCUCCGCUGAGGUGCUCAGCUCCCUGCGCCGGCUCAACCUGGCGGGUGUGCGCAUGACACCCCUCAAGUGCACGGUGGUGGCAGCUGUACUGGGCAGCGGAAGGCACGCCCUGGAUGAGGUGAACUUGGCCUCCUGCCAGCUGCCCCCUGCUGGGCUGCGCACACUCAUGCCUGUCCUCCUGCGUGCCCGCAAGCUGGGCUUGCAACUCAACAGCCUGGGCCCUGAGGCGUGCAGGGACCUCCGAGACCUGCUGCUGCAUGACCAAUGCCAAAUUACCACCCUGCGGCUCUCCAACAACCCGCUGACGGCAGCGGGGGUGGCCCUGCUGGUGGAGGGGCUGGCCGGAAACACCUCGCUGACACACCUGUCCCUGCUGCACACGGGCCUUGGGGACGAGGGCCUGGAGCUGCUGGCUGCCCAGCUGGACCGUAACCAACAGCUUCAGGAGCUGAACGUGGCCUACAAUGGUGCUGGUGACACAGCAGCCCUGGCCCUGGCCACGGCUGCCCGGGAGCACCCUUCCCUGGAGCUACUGCACCUCUACUUCAAUGAGCUGAGCUCGGAGGGCCGCCAGGUGCUGCGGGACUUGGGGGGCACCACGAAAGGUGCCCGGGUCGUGGUGUCGCUGACCGAGGGGACAGCAGUGUCCGAGUACUGGUCGGUGAUCCUUUCUGAAGUCCAGAGGAACCUCAACAGCUGGGAUCGGGGCCGGGUGCAGCGCCACCUUGAGCUCCUGCUGCGGGAUCUGGAAGACAGCCGAGGAGCCACCCUUAACCCCUGGCGCAAGGCCCAGCUGCUGCGGGUGGAGGGCGAGGUCAGGGCUCUCCUGGGACAGCUGGGAGGCUCUGGAAGCUGAGACAGCAGCAGCCAGCACCUAGCUGGGUGACCCCUUCCCUGGGGGGCCUCUUCACUUGCACUAUUCCUUCUAGAAAGAUCCCUUUGGGGCUGGAGGCAAAGGAAUGGGCUUGGCUAUGCCAGUUGCCCUCCAGGGCUGUGUGUGACCACUGCUGCCAAGCCUAGAAUUUCCCUGGAACAUGCCUCCUCUCCCUUCAGCUAGAAGGAGCGAAGGAGGGGCAUUUUGGUGGCCAGACUGCCUGAUAGCACCACCACCAACCUCGACAAGCUCUCCUCUCAGGGCAUCCUUGGUUGUGCCACAGGAGGCCCACUUCCUAUGUCUGCCCAGCCAGGGGUGUUGCCAUGUGGAUGUGUUGGGGGACCUCCACCUUUUGCCUUUAUGUGUAUCUGGGGAUGGUGAGGGUGCCCACAGCCACUUUGCUCUGUCAUUAGUGCUUUCUCUGCACACUCAGGGUACUGGUGCUCAGAGGCCCCUGCGGGAAUGUGUGCUUCCAUUAAAAAGCUGUGUGUCUUCCACUUA